AUUCCCGUCGUUGUCGCUGUGACUGACGGUGCAGAUUAUAAACGAUAGUUGAAAAUCUGCUCCGAGGGCUGGACUUCUUCGUCAUUCCGAAUGGCGAAUGAGGAGGGCAUAGCCAAUUCUUAUAUGCUGCGGGCAAACCUGUGUGGUCAUGCACGAGACGUGCGUGUCGUCGCUGAGACAUGCUUUCCAGAAGGGGGUAUUGUCACUGGUUCCAGGGAUUUCACCACUCGAAUUUGGACGUACAACGGAGCGCAAGAUGAGAAUCGCGCAUUCGUUGAGUCGCACUGCCUCAAAGGUCCGACCGAUUUUGUGUCGGCUGUAUGUGCUAUGCCGCCAUCGGACCAGUUCCCGCAGGGUCUGAUUCUGGUCGGCUCACACGACUGCAACAUCUACUGCUUCAAUUUGGAAUCAAACUCGCCCUUGUACAAACUUCUGGGACAUUCCGGGGCCGUUUGCUCCUUGGCUGCCGGGCAAUUCGGAACUCUAGUCUCAGGCUCGUGGGAUAAAACGGCACGGGUGUGGUCGGGCCAGAAGUGCACGAUGACUCUCGAAGGACAUCAAGGAGCAGUCUGGGCUGUGUCGCUCAUGCCCCAACAAGGAUUGAUACUGACAGGGUCUGCGGAUAAGGCCAUAAGGCUUUGGCGAGCUGGCAAGUGUGAGAAAACCUUUUUCGGGCACGAGGAUUGCGUCCGCGGGAUCGCUGUUCUGUCAACCAGGGAGUUCCUCUCCUGUUCCAAUGAUGCGACCAUUCGUCAUUGGGAAGUAGCUGGGGAUUGCCUUCAUAUCUAUAGAGGCCACACAAGCUUCGUGUACUCUAUCGCUACCCUCGAAGACAGCGACUUCUUCGUCACUUGCGGAGAGGAUCGCACGGUCCGAGUUUGGACCGCCCGCGGCUCGUGUCAACAGACGAUUCGAAUGCCAUGCCCCACUGUUUGGAGCGUCGCAUUGCUCGCGAACGGCGACAUCGUGGCUGGCUGCAGCGAUGCCAUAAGCAGGGUCUUCACACGAUACGAAGCUUUGAAAGCAUCGCCCGACGCUAUGAAAUCUUUCCAAGAGCAAGUAGCGAGCAGCUCGCUACCGGCACAGGAACUCGGUGAUCUCAAAACGGAGAAUCUCCCAGGAGAAGAGGUUCUCAACGAGCCGGGUAAACGGGAGGGCCACACUAUUCUGGUGAAAGAAGGACAAAAUGUGUGCGCCUACAUGUGGUCCAUGCAGCAACAGACCUGGCAAAAAAUCGGCGAUGUCGUUGGAAGUCCGGACGGAUCAUCGGCAGGCGGUAAAAUAAUGUUCGAGGGAAAAGAAUACGACCAUGUUUUUAACGUCGAUAUCGACGACAACGCGAAGCCGCUGAAACUACCGUACAACCUUACGGACGACCCAUGGAUCACGGCGCAAGCUUUCAUUCAUAAACAUGGCUUGCCUCAAGAUUACCUCGACAACGUCGCGAAGUUCAUAAUCAACAACACUUCUCAAGGCGUAACAACGAAAUCAAUCGACCCCGCGCAGUCAUCGACCGAAUAUUGCGACCCUUUCACCGGGAAUAGCCGGUACGUUCCCGGAACCAGCAGAGCUGCUUCUAUAGACGCCUCAGCUCCGAAUGGAAGCUCGAACGACGUGAGACACAUACCGUACACGGGAAAAUGGAUUGCUUUCGAUAUAGCGAACACCUCCGGCAUGCUGAACAAGCUGAGGGAGUUCAAUGGUCAAGUUCCGCCAGAAAAUAUCGUGAAGGACGAGCAACACCUGGAUGAGCUCAAAGAUCUCAUCGAAUGCAAGAUAGACAAGCUGGAGGAAAUCCACGUUCGCACGUUGGAGGCGAUCAUUGAUUGGCCUAACGAAUUCAUCUUCCCGGCCCUCGAUGUGCUACGAUGUGCAAUCCGGAGCGAUGCAGUCAAUUCCUUCCUCUGUACGGGGCCCGGUGGCUCAAAACUUGUUGCGAAAAUUGUCUCGCUCAUCACGUCUCCCGCACCGGCGAAUCGUAUGCUAGCUUUACGAUUUUUCGUGAAUAUGUUCCUGAGAGAGGCCGGUCAGCAAUUGGCUCAUCUUGAAUGGGAGCGAAUCCUGAAGAUCUCUUCCGAGCACGGUUUCAAUGGCAAUAAGAACACCCAGAUUGCUCUGGGUUCUUUGUAUCUGAAUUAUGUGAUUUUGAGCAACUGCAAAUCCGAUGAGACGAAUGCUUCUCGGAAGCGCUGGCUGGUUCAGAGUAUGUGUGAAGUCAUUCCGAAACUCUCCGACUGCGAAGCGCAAUUCAGGUCUCUCCUCGCUCUCGGUACUCUCAUAUUCAACGACAAAGAGCUCUGUCAGCUGGCCAAUGGCUUCAAACUCACGGAAACCUUGACGAACAUUUGCACCCACGGGGGCGAGUCUCUCAAGCUCAAACAGUGUGCUCAUCAAUGUAUAAAUCAUAUCCUCGAUUUUUGUGUCUGAACGAGGAUGUAUGAGAAUUACUUCCGUCUGCAAGCUUCCGGGGAAACUCCAUCUUCAUAGCAGUGCCGAAUGCGAAUAAAUGAGGAUAUAUAUUAUCAUACUCUAGGAGACCUCCCCUUCCCCCGUUUCGAUAUCGUGCGUGUGAUAUUUGAAUUAUACCCACCUCUCCC